AUGGAGCACCCUACAUUUGAGAAAUUGCGCGACCUACGCGAGAAGUAUCCAGGCGGCGAGCUCGCCCAGAACUACGCGCUCACGAGGCAGAUACCUCGAAGGUUUAGGAUGGGUACAGGCAGAUUAAAUAAGGGAGAUUACGACAAGAUGUGUAGAGAGGCUUUCGCUCUGGACGCCGCUAUAGUGGUGGCACGUCACCUCCUCGCCGCGGUAGCCGAUCGGUACCGCCAGAUAAAAAGCGGUAGUCCCCUGGCGCGCAUGAUCUGGGCCGACCUGGAGGAUACGGAUAGCUUCCAACAACAGCAGAGCGCGAGGAUGGCUAUCCUAGAGAGCUUUCGAGAGAAGCGGAAGGGAGAGCAGAUCAGCUUCUACUCCGUGAUGGAGAGUCAAGAGAUGCUGGAUACGCUUUGGUGCCUCCCGGCAUUCCAGCUCUGGCAUCCUACGGUAAUGGCCAAGAAGGAAGGCACAAAGAAAUGGGAAAAGACCGAGGUCGAGGACCCAGCGCUAUUGACAAGGAAAGCUCUUAUCAACUAUAGCGGCGCCGGAGACCUCGGAGCACACAUCAGCGACAGCUUCGGAAUGUUCUUGGACGGGAAUAUCGUGCAGCACUGGAAGAGCAACGAGCCCGUAGUCAUCCGCGUCUUCCACUCCAACAACGCCCAAGCCGAGGAGCCUAAGACGUGGAAGGAUCUACGCGAGAUUUGGGUCAAGUCUCAUCGGCUUCGAGAUGUCGAGGACGAGACGGGUCGCGCCACUCGAAGAUACGACAAGACGGGGGGACCUCCAAAGAGAUACAUCCUACUCGCGACCGUACGCCUAGGGGCUUGGAAGGAAGAGAACGACCGAGUACGCCUGUACGGCGCGGACGGCGAGUACGUGCACCUACCGAAGGAUACGAUCAACUAUGCUGGCAUAGAGUGGACCUUGGGUACCGUAGGAGAUAGAUAUCUCCUCUACUACCGCCUGGCGACUCUCCCUCCCGCAGUCGGCGGAUCCGGCUCGGAAUUCGUCGUCCGGCCCCCGGCACUUGGGAAGAAACAUGCUAUGAUGGUAGCGGCAGUCACGAUGAAGUCGCGAGGACAGGAGCAGUCCGAGACCGAUCGUAGACGGGAUCCGGUACCGACCCGCCCUAUUUCUCGACCUUCCGAUCCAAGUACUUCCAACGUAGGCCUACCGCUCGCGGCUCGAAUCACAAUGCCACAGGCCCGAUCCCAUACGAAUCCGAGAAGCGAAUCCCAGGGCGAGCAGGAUUGGGGGGGUAGAAGUCACGGUCGAAAUCGCCGUGGCGGUCAUCGAGGGUAG